GAUUGAAUACGGUGAGAAAGGUUGGAAGGCAUGCUUCAUAUUGCUUAGAGAUCUCCCCUCUACAACUCCUUUUUUGGUAUGCACAUAUUUGCUUUGUUCUUUUGUUUGUCUUUAGAAUAAGAAUUUAAAUGAAACAUUUAUUAUUCCUACAAAGAUAAUGGCAUUUGGAUCUAAUUACAAAAACUAUAUACAAAGGUUUAGCAAAUUAUAUUGCUCUCAUUUUUCACACGAAAUGGUCGAUGAUCGGGGCAUGCUCAAUUAGUAGGAUGCUCUCUGGUAGUUUAAGGAUACUUUCCCUUUAAUGGGUUUAUCAAGUGCCAGAAGCACACCAUGUUUGCAACUGAGUGCUCAUUAGCCUUGUGUUCUAACUUCUAAGGUAUCAAAAUUCUUCCAAAUAAAGGUUAUUUCUCUUUUUUCUUUAUUAUUUGAUUACAUUGUGUGUUGGUGUGUGAUGAAUACUCAAUGACGUUUUGUGUUUCAUCGUCUCUUGCUUCGUGAUUCUUCUGCAUCACUUUCUCUUCAAAUUUGGGAUGAGUGGAAAUGAUCAUAAUCAUAUACAAAUUAAUUUUUUGUUUGCAACUGCUUUUGUCUGUAUGAGAACUAGUUGGAGGUUCUGUGUUACUGUACUUUGAUUUUUGUUUUUGCAACUGGUGGAUGAAAUGUUUUUCAAGGAUGCUAUGUUGCAAGUGGGUGCAUAAGGUAAGGUAUUUCCUGUAUCUAUGCUUUACAAAACAUGCUAUUUUUUUAUAAUGUUUUCUUCAGGUUUUCUGUUCAGCUGGUGAUAGUUUCCAUGCCUAUGCUGCCAUCUCUGUUUGCUUUUAAUGUGUGGACUUUCUCGGUAUCCUUCUCCUUAUCAAACAAUGGUCAGACCAUUUCGACCACCUGGAGCAAUUGGUAUGGGGGUACUGUCGCGCCCACCUAUUCCAGGGAUUCCUGGAGUUCGCCCGAUUAUUCCUCCUAUUGUUAGGCCAGCUAUUGUCCCUAGUGUUACUCCUGCUGAGAAACCACAAACCACUGUAUAUGUUGGCAAGAUAGCACCCACAGUUGAAAAUGACUUUAUACUGGCUCUCCUUCAGGUUUGUGGAGCUGUCAAGAGUUGGAAACGUGGCCAAGUGCCCACAAAUGGGACUCCUAGAGGCUUUGGGUUUUGUGAGUUUGAGGCUGCUGAAGGCGUGCUUCGUGCAUUGCGCUUGCUGAGUAAAUUUAAUAUUGAUGGGCAAGAACUUGUGUUGAAUGUUAAUCAAGCAACAAAAGAUUAUCUCACACGUUAUGUUGAAAAGAAAGCUGAAAACUCUAAGAAGGUCAAAGAAACUGAUGCUGAGGCAACUGCUAAAGAGGGUGAAGGUGUAGUGGGUGAUGAGAAGAAUAAUGACCUUCCAACACCAGCUGCAGAGGAGCCAAAGGAGGACAAUGAUUCAGUGAAUAAAGAAAAUGACAAUGCCACCUUUGGGAUUGUGACUGAUGAGGACAAGGAAGCUGACCAGGUAGCUUCAAAAAAGCUGAGAAGCAUGAUAGAAGAGAGGAUGAAAAACAAACCUCUCCCUCCACCUCCUGCCCAAGCACCUAGUGAUGUCAUUGGGAAUUCCAACUCAGAGCUGCCAGCAAAAUCAAGGGAUGGGGACUCUGAAGCUGAUAAAAAUGAUGCUGUCGAUGAGAAGAAUGAUGAUGAGCUCACUAGUGACAACAAACAGGUAAGUGAGAAUGAUAGACUUGAUAUCAGCUCACCUGAUAAGAAUAGGAGGAAUGAUAGAAGAAGCAGAGAGAGAGACAGAGAUCGUGACCUGAGAAGGGAUAAAGAGCGAGAGAUUGUAAGAUACGAAAGAGAAACAGAGCGAGAACGGAUACGAAAAGAGAGGGAGCAAAGGAGGAAGAUUGAGGAAGCUGAGCGCCAGUAUGAAGAAUAUCUCAAAGAGUGGGAGUACAGAGAAAGGGAGAAAGAGAAACAGCGACAGUAUGAGAAGGACAGAGAGAAAGAAAGGGAACGUAAAAGGAAGAAAGAGAUUAUAUAUGAAGAAGAAGAUGAGGACGAUGAUUCGAGAAAAAGGUGGCGAAGAAGUGUGCUGGAGGAGAAGAGAAAGAGGAGGCUUAGAGAAAAAGAAGAUGACUUGGCUGACAGACUAAAAGAGGAACAAGAAAUUGCAGAGGCCAAGAGGAGGGCUGAGGAGGAAAAGCUGCAACAGGAACAGAAAGAUGUUUUGAAGAGCUCACUUGAUCAUUCAACCAAUGGAGCUGAAGAGGCUAUGUUGGUGGAAGAAUCCAACACUGAAUUGAAAGAUAAAGCCAUGGAAGAGGAUUCUGAGGCUGAUUCUAGUCGUGAAAAUUAUAUUGGGGAAACAAAUUUACAAAAUGGUAGUACCAGUGAUGAAUCGACCAUGGCUCCUCCUUCUGCUGCGAUAGAUAUGCAACAAAAUGGCAAUGUCACCACAAAAAAAUUGGGUUUUGGUCUAGUUGGGUCUGGAAAACGAACUACUGUGCCUUCUGUCUUUAAGGAGGAUGAUGAUGAUGAUGCACACAAGGAUAAAAAGAUGAGGCCCUUGGUUCCCAUUGACUAUUCAACGGAGGAACUACAAGUUGCCCAACCGACUGUUUCCGGGACAACUCAAUCACAUUUGGUUGCAGCUGCUGAAUUUGCUAAGCGAAUAUCAAAUGUUGGUCCCAAGGAAGAGAAGCCUGACACUGAAAAGGAAAGAAAACGCACACGAGAGCGGAACGAUGAGGAUGUUAUUCGAAGUAAAAAUGAGACCAAGGAGAAGACUCAUGAUACAGAUCGAGAACAUGGGAUUGAUAAAGUAAAAUCAACAGACAAUAAGAAGCUUCUGGAUGCAAAACAAUUGAUUGAUAUGAUCCCGAGGACCAAGGAGGAGUUAUUUUCUUAUGAAAUAAAUUGGGCCAUUUAUGAGAAGCACGCUUUGCAUGAGAGAAUGAGACCGUGGAUCUCGAAAAAGAUUACGGAGUUUCUGGGAGAGGAAGAAACCACUCUGGUAGAUUACAUUGUGUCUAGCACUCAGGAUCAUGUGGAAGCCGACCGCAUGCUGCAGCUUCUUCAAUCGAUUUUAGACGAGGAAGCUGAAAUGUUCGUUCUUAAGAUGUGGAGAAUGCUCAUCUUUGAAAUUAAGAAGGUGGAGACAGGCCUGUCAACUUCAAGAUCAAGAACAUAAUGUGUUUGUUUCUAAUUCUAAGUUCUCUCUUGUUUCUUUCAAUGUUGCCUUAGAAUGACUAAUUGUAGUACUUGUCCUAAUUCAUAUGCUUUCGCACCCUUUAGAUUUGAUCUGAAUCUGAUAAAUUGCUGUAAAGGCUUAAACCAUAUUCUUCAGCUGUAUUGGUUUUAAGGUUAUCUUCACUAUAAGCAAAUGAAACCCAUUUUUGUA